AUGUCACCAUCCCCCGAUCCACCCGAUCCCCCUCGCUCACGCGGGAGAGCACCGGGUCCUACACCCAUCACCUCUACAUCUACUCGAUCAGCUCAAACAAUCCUACAUGAACAGGAAGUUGACGAGCGACUCCGACCUCUUGAAGGUCAAGAAGUCUAUACUCCACCUCGUUCCGCUGGACCAUCUGGUGCGCAGAACGACGUUCAUGGUGAUAAUGGCUUACGAAGAUCGUCUGUCGUAGUUGAUACCAACGAUGAUAUGGACGGAUCAACUAAUCAAGAGAGAUAUAUCACUCGUAUUCCCGAAGAAUGUGAAGUUCACAAUCAACAAAACUCCCGAGAGGGAUCGUCUAAGGACAAGAAUAUAGUCGUUGAUCAAACUCCUCAACAACAAUAUACAUCUCUACCUUCAGCACAAGAGAUGGAAGGUCGUUCACCCCCUGACGCACCUCGUACACCCAUUUCAAGGGAAUUUUCACCACCCACCCAAACUAAUCAAGAAGAGAUGUCUUCACCUACCUUCCAUAUCGAACAGGAACUUGGGUCUGGACACCAAAAUCGACCUGUACCGAGCGGACCUAUAUCUCCUCAAGUUUCGGAUGACAGUCACACCCAUCAAGACCAGAGCGUACAACAUCAAGACCAGAUGGAAGUCGAAGAUGAGCCUAAAGAUCAUAUGCGACUGAGGGGUGGUGGCUUCACUGAAAUACUCGAGAGAUGGCAUGGAUAUGGAGAAGCAGAAGACCUGAGAAGGGCCAAUUGGAGCUACCAACACAGGCAUAGCAAUAAUGCGCCGCUCAUAUCACUCCCCAACGAUCCUCCCAUCGUCUUACCCAACUUUGCUCAGAAGCGAGCUGAAUUCUUAGCUGCUCAAAAAGCGGCUGCCGAAGGUGAAACUGCAAUUCAACAAGAUGACAUCCUCUCUCGUCGAUCUUCAGCAGAAACUAUCAAGAUCGUUAAAGAAACGGAACCAGAUGAUCCUUCAGUUCCAUCAUACUUUUUGGAAUUCCCCAUUACCGCUUUAUUCUCUCAAAGUGAUACCCUGUCGGAACGAAAACUAAGGUUGAGAGGCGGUAGCCAUUUCGAAUUGUCUUCCGAUUCUGGUCCUUCGACGGGUCAGCAGAUCGGAAACAAUCUUGGACAGCAGACCGAUGUAGCAUCCGACGAUCGUGACUCUGAGGAGCAAGAGUCCGCCACUUAUAAAGGAAGUAAAGCGACAGUGCCUAUCUUGAAAUGUCGACCUCCCAAAAGUAAACCGGUUCAUCCAACGCCUCCCACUGGACAUGUAACAACACCUGCCAAUCCUGGCUUGAAAGUGCAAGGUAUCACAUCUCCGAAAAAAAGGUAUACCAAACGGUUCUCGACGAUCAAACGAGGUAGUCUGAAAGUGUUCGACCUGCUGUUCUCCUCAAGACUGCGAGGUAACACUCAUACCCUAGCCAAACCUCAAGCUGGACCGCCAGAAAGGCGACGAAGGUUCGGAAGUGAUAUAGGAGACAUCGCCUCUCCAACUUCAGCACAAGACACGGUCCUCGGAACGCCACCUGAGCAGCAUAAUGCGCUAGGCUACGACGUCGAGCCUCCUGUGGUCCCGAUCUCACCCAGUCGAGCAGUCCCGAAGCCUGCACAAUCAUCAGCUCUAACAUCCACUUUUUCACCGAUGACUGAUCAUGGUUCACGACAAUCUACCGGUCCUUCUGGAGAAGCUGGUGACGACCAUCCGGGCACCGAAAGGCCGUCAACACCGAGAAGUAGCUCAGCUCCACCUGAGACAAUCGAUCCUGGACCAUUUGCUGAUCCCUUUCAUCCUUCUUCUCAACCGUUGAGACGCUCUACUAGUGAUGUAUUGUGGAUGGACAAGCUUCGGGGUCUUUUCCGAUACUCGAGAAACCGAUCUGAAACCGAUACCUCUGCCACAAGGACCCCAGGUGAAAGCCCUACGACGAUUUUUCAAGAUCCAAGCUUAGUUGAAGGAAGACGAGCAAGGGGUUUAUCUUUGACUGAAAGUGGAACUCAUACAACUGCGACUACUGCUACAUCGGCUGUCCCAACCAUUCCCUCCACACCUGCACGACACCCCGCGCCUGGACCAUCUACUGAACCGAGAACCCUAGAACAGCUGGAGGAAGAGCGAGAGGCCUGGUGCUGCGAUUGGAGGGCACCUCGUCUCAAACAAAGCACGGCGAUGCAAAGAUCGAGUGGUCGAGGUCCAAUUGGAGAUAUAGGUUCUCGUGAUAGCAGAUUGAUCAGACUGUCCGAGUUUCUUUUUCCAUGUAUCAACCCUAGAAUUGCUGAAGCGGAAAGAAGAGUAGAGGAAGCCUUCUCUGCGGGGCAAGAAGAAGGUGAAGAGCGAAGCGAGGAAAGUAGCGAGAGCAGAGGGAACGGCAGGAAGGGAAAAGGUAAAGCUAAAGGGAAGGGAAGAAAGAAGGAUGCGGAGCAUAAAAGUCCAAGGGAUGGUGGUGGUGAUGGGAAUGGCGGUGGAGUAGGAGGACCUAGUGGUGGUGACGGUGGUGGAAAUCCAUCAGCAGGUGAAGGUAGCGGUAAUGGUCGAAAAUCGCCUGGGAAUAAUGCGGGAGAUCAACCUCGACCUGCAUCCGGCAACGGCACCGGGACUUCUGUCGAUGAAUGUGCCUCGAGAACCGGUCCAGCUCAACCUCAACAUAACCCAUCGUCUCCGACUCGAAACUCGGAGAACAGCUCACCUCGAGGGUCAGCCAACCCUUCAAACAAAUCUUUAUCUAGCAUUUGGCCACUGAUUGGUCCCAGCAAAAAAGCAGAAUCAUUUCCAGGUGCCAAUCAAGAUCCACUCAUCGCAGCAUACCUGUCCCUUAAACCUCCUCCUCGAUCCCGACCAGGUUCAAGCUCUGGUAGACCUGAAUCAACCAUCUGA